AUGAUUACGUCUCCUCAAUUCCGUGUGCCUUCGUCUUUCGAGGAUCCAUUCGAUGAUCUGCGAAUGGAACCUUCGCCUCUGAGAUCACAAGGUCGACUUUCAACUAGCCCUAAUCAUAAUGGGCCUCAAGCGCAAUCAAUCUGUCUCAGAGACGAUUGCAUGUCAAACAACACCACCCUUGGACAAGAAGAUAAGAGCAGCAUAUUUGCGCAAUCCAAAAAGUGUCUCGGAGGCUUCGUCUCCAGCCACAACCUAGGCGGCUCAGGCAACCGCAAACGGACGUUUCAACUGCAAGCCACCAGCAAUAAAGAAGAAAGCAUACCUCGCUUUCGGCCCUAUCAAGACAAGCAAUGGAGAGCUCAGUUCCAAAGGCUCAUCCAAUACAAGCUUAAAAACGGACACUGUUGCGUUCCUCACUGUUACCCUGAGGAUCCUGCUCUUGCCCGAUGGGUGAAGCGACAAAGAUACCAAUACAAAAAGUUCCAGGAUGGUGACACCACCUCUACCAUGUCAACUCCUCGUAUCCAGGAGCUUGAAUCUGUUGGCUUUGUAUGGCACUCGCACGCUUCGGCGUGGCAGGAGAAGUUCAAUGAGCUCAAGGAGUUCAAGCAAAGAACGGGCCACUGCAAUGUACCAUCUGCCUACCCCGAGAAUAAUUCCCUUUCUACUUGGGUAAAAUGCCAACGUCGCCAUUACAAAGCGUACAUCUCUGGGUCGUCUUCUCCUUCUCCCAUGACGAUGCAUCGCUUGCAACUGUUGGAAUCCUUGGAUUUUGUGUUUGAACCACAACUGUCUAAACGAUGGGACUCAAAUUAA